CACGAGUUCUAUAAAAUACUCCACAUAGAGAUUUAGAGACUAGAAAGUAUCCUUAAAUUACUUUCCAUAAAAUAUCAAUCCAAAAAGUCCAUAUCAAAUUUGAUACGUUUCGUUUACCGCAAGAUUUUUCACUCCCAUUUGACUCUCCUACUUCCGAACAAUUCUUCGCCAUUUUCAACUGAAAACUGCUUUCUUUACGUUUUUUAAUCUCCAAUUUCCAUUUUUCGUCUCUCAACGUCCAUUAUUAACUUGUUGGUUAUGUGAAAGAUCAUCAAUGGCGGGUUCUUUGAGUUUUUUGGUUUCUCUUAUCAUGAUUCAGGGAUUUUUUCUAGCUUCUUUGCUUUGUUUAGUUAAUGCUGAUUAUGGGUCUUCUCUAUUUUCUAAUUCCAUAAAUGGGAGAAGACAUUCAGCUGAAUAUUGUGCUAUGUAUGAUAUUUGUGGAGAGCGUAGCGAUGGCAAAGUUUUAAAUUGUCCUUACGGUUCUCCUUCAAUUAAGCCUGACGAUCUUUUGUCUGCAAAAAUUCAGAGUUUGUGUCCUACUAUAAGCGGGAAUAUAUGUUGUACAGAACGGCAAUUUGAUACAUUGCGUUCACAAGUUCAACAAGCAAUUCCCUUACUGGUGGGUUGUCCAGCAUGUUUGAGGAACUUCCUGAAUCUUUUCUGUGAGCUUUCAUGCUCACCAAAUCAGAGUCAAUUUAUUAAUGUUACCUCCACUGCUGAGGUUGAUGGCAACUUGACUGUGGAUGGCAUUGAAUAUUAUGUGUCUGAAGAGUUUGGUGACGGAUUAUAUAACGCUUGCAAGGAUGUAAAAUUUGGUUCUAUGAACACAAGAGCUAUAGAUUUUAUUGGGGCUGGUGCAAAGAGCUAUAAAGAAUGGUUUGCAUUCAUUGGUCAGAAGGCUGGAUUAUGGAUGCCCGGAUCUCCCUAUGCCAUUGAUUUUCGGACCAGUUUUCCUGUAUCAUCUGGAUUGAAGCUUAUGGAUGUGUCUACCUACUCUUGCAAUGACACUUCACUUGGAUGCUCAUGCGGUGAUUGUCCAUCAUCUUCUGAAUGCUCAAGCGCAGAACCUCCUCAUUCCCAGACAGAGGAUUCCUGCUCAGUUAGACUGGGUAUUCUUAAGAUGAAAUGCAUAGACUUAUCAAUGGCCAUUCUCUAUAUUCUGUUGCUUUCUAGUUUUCUUGGAUGGGGUUUCUUCUACCGGAAUACAGAAAGGAGCAGUCCUACAUCCAUUGUGAAGCCGUUGUUGAGUGAAGUUGAUUCUAUUGAUGAGGAUACUGGGACUGCUCCAGAAUCUCAGUCUACUAUUCAAGGAAUCAUGACUGAUAUCUUUAGGAAGUACGGUCUGUGGGUUGCAAGGAAUCCUACUCUUGUGCUGUGUUCAUCAGUUUUUGUAGUUCUUUUACUUUGCUUGGGAUUAUUAGGUUUCCAGGUUGAGACUCGGCCUGAAAAGUUGUGGGUAGGUCCUGGAAGUAAGGCAGCAGAAGAGAAGCAUUUCUUUGAUACUCAUUUGGCACCUUUUUAUAGGAUUGAACAGAUUAUAUUGGCAACGAGAAAAGAUCCAGGGAGUGGGAAAUCUCCCAGUAUAGUAACAGAAGAUAACAUACAGUUGCUUUUUGACAUACAACAGAAGGUUGACGAAAUUCGGGUUAACUAUUCAGGCCAUACGGUAUCCUUGUCUGAUAUUUGUUUAAAGCCUCUAGGGGAGGAUUGUGCCAUCCAAAGCAUUCUUCAGUAUUUCCAGAUGGAUCCUUACAAUUAUGAUGAAUAUGGAGGCAUUCAACAUGCUUUGUAUUGCUUUCAGCAUUACACAUCCACAGACUCGUGUUUGAGCGCCUUUAAAGCCCCACUUGAUCCAAGCACUGCUUUGGGAGGAUUUUCUGGCAAUAAUUUUUCCGAGGCUUCUGCAUUUGUGGUAACUUACCCAGUUACUAACAUGAUUGAUGAGUCCAAUGAUGCAAAUGGGAAGGCUAUGGAAUGGGAAAGAGCUUUUAUUAAGUUAGCUAAGGAAGAGCUGUUACCCAUGGUGCAGCCCAGCAAUCUCACUUUAUCUUUUUCUUCAGAAAGCUCAAUUGAGGAUGAACUUAAACGGGAAAGCAAUGCUGAUGUCAUAACAAUUUUAAUAAGCUAUCUUGUGAUGUUUGCUUAUAUAUCUCUUACACUGGGUGACAGACCACAUUCGUCCUUGUUCUACAUUUCAUCUAAGGUUUUGCUUGGACUUUCUGGAGUUGUGGUUGUUAUAUUGUCGGUUCUUGGCUCAGUUGGUUUCUUCAGCGCCAUUGGAGUGAAGUCAACGUUGAUCAUAAUGGAAGUCAUUCCUUUUCUUGUUUUGGCUGUUGGAGUUGAUAACAUGUGUAUAUUGGUACAUGCUGCAAAACGACAGCCGGUUGAAAUUCCACUAGAAGAACGAAUAAGCAAUGCUCUUGCUGAAGUUGGUCCAUCCAUAACUCUUGCUAGUUUAUCUGAGGUCUUGGCAUUUGCAGUAGGAGCCUUCAUUACUAUGCCAGCAUGCCGUGUUUUUUCCAUGUUUGCAGCGUUGGCUGUACUUUUGGACUUUCUUCUUCAACUUAGUGCCUUUGUUGCACUGAUAGUUCUAGACUUCAAGAGAGCCGAAGACUUUAGAAUUGAUUGUUUCCCAUGCAUUAAAAUUUCUUCUGCUUCUGAGGAAUCAAACAGAGGUACUGAUCAGAGAACCCCAGGAUUUCUUACUCAAUAUAUGAAGGAUUUUCACGCACCUAUUCUAUUACACCGAGGAGUCAAAAUAGUUGUUCUUGCUAUAUUUUCUGGUUUGGUAUUAGCAGGCAUUGCUUUGUGCCCUAGGAUUGAGCCAGGCUUAGAGCAACAGAUUGCUCUUCCACAAGAUUCAUAUCUUCAGGGUUAUUUUAGUGAUCUUUCAGAUUAUCUAAGAGUUGGACCUCCCUUAUAUUUUGUUGUAAAAGAUUAUAACUACAGCUCCAAGUCAAGGCAUACAAAUCAGCUGUGUUCAAUUAGCAAGUGUGAUUCAAACUCGCUUUUAAACGAGAUAUCAAGAGCAUCUUUGACACCGGAGUCUACCUACAUUGCUAAGCCAGCAGCCUCUUGGCUUGAUGAUUUUCUUGUGUGGUUAUCACCUGAAGCUUUUGGUUGUUGCCGAAAGUUUGUAAAUGAUAGUUACUGCCCCCCAGAUGAUCAGCCUCCAUGCUGUUUACCUGAGGACGAGCCUUGUGGUUAUGGUGGAGUUUGCAAAGACUGUACUACAUGCUUUCGCCAUUCAGACCUGGACAAUGAUCGCCCUUCAACAGCGCAAUUUAGAGAAAAGCUUCCGUGGUUCCUUAAUGCAUUGCCUUCUGCUGAUUGUGCUAAGGGGGGACAUGGAGCCUAUACUACUAGUUUAGAUUUAACUGGUUAUGAGAGUGGUAUAAUAAGAGCAUCUGAGUUCCGUACCUAUCACACACCAGUGAACCAACAGAGUGACUAUGUCAAUGCAUUGCGUGCUGCCCGUGAGUUCAGCUCAAAAGUUUCUGAUUCACUAAAGAUGGAUAUCUUUCCGUAUUCAGUCUUCUAUAUAUUUUUUGAGCAAUAUUUGGACAUUUGGAGUACUGCUCUGAUCAACCUAGCAAUUGCACUUGGUGCUGUUUUUGUUGUGUGUCUAGUAAUAACAUCCAGUUUGUGGAGCUCAGCUAUCAUUUUGCUUGUUUUAGUCAUGAUUGUAGUUGAUUUAAUGGGUGUUAUGGCAAUUUUGGGCAUCCAAUUAAAUGCUGUUUCUGUGGUCAACCUUAUCAUGUCCAUUGGAAUCGCUGUUGAGUUCUGUGUUCACAUAACACAUGCAUUUUCGGUCAGUCACGGUGACAGAAAUCAGCGUGCUAGGGAGGCUCUUGGUACUAUGGGGGCAUCUGUUUUCAGUGGAAUCACACUAACAAAGCUGGUCGGAGUUAUUGUCCUAUGCUUUGCAAGAUCCGAGAUUUUUGUGGUUUAUUACUUCCAAAUGUACUUGGCGCUGGUUAUCAUCGGUUUUCUGCAUGGGCUCGUCUUUUUGCCUGUAUUGCUAAGUUUGAUCGGGCCACCACCAAGGAACAGGCCUGCUGUGGACAGAACACUAAACUAACUGAAUCUGUUCUAUGUAGAAUGUGUCUAUUAUAGAGUCGGAGCACAUUAAUUGGGAGUUGCUCGUACUUUAACGAGUCGCUCCAGUCUCCACAAUGGCUAGUCUACAUUGCUCAGAUUGUUCGGCCUCACCACUAAACGACUCGCCUAACCCUGAUACAUGUAAUUUGCUAUUGAUGUAGUUGUAAAUCUUCAGCUCGAUUCUUCAAUGGUUCAAUGUUCCAGUAGGAAUGGGUAAAGUAGAUAGAGGACUUACUUUGAUUUCUGUUCCAUUUAUAACAUGGGCUAUUCAGAGAGCUUAUAACUUGGACUCAGAAAUAUGACGAAUUUUUUUUAGUUUUAGUACAAAUUAUAUUAGUUGCAAAAUGUUGAAUUUUAAGAUAAUAUUGCUCAGGGUUACUCACUUUUGUGAAAAAAAUAAAUUAAUUUUGUUUAUAAUAAAGAAAGAAUAUCCAUGACUAAC